CACGUAGUAAGGAUUUUAAGUAUCAGAGAAUAUUCCUUUCAUAUAAGCAAAUUCUAAGACAUCAAAAAACAGCCAAAAGAAAUAAAGCCUCGAGAUUUUUCGGGUCUUCAAUCUUCUUUUUCUAUUUCUUCUCCGAAUCAAAACUAGUUCGUCAACGUUUGCUCUUGCAUUUAACUCGAGCCCGCUAAAAUCCGGACAAACACAUUCGAUUUAGAUCGUCGGUGUGGUUUGUCGUCGACCAAUUUAGAAGCAGUCUGUGUUUGAUUUGUUUAGAAAUGGAGAUAGCCGCGCUGCUGUUGGUUACCACCUACGUCGUCGCAUCAACAGCUUUACCUUUGGAAGAAAAACGACCAGGUCCAUUCCCUGGAAAGUCACCCUCGGACUUAGUAGCCACGAAAAGGAAUAAUAUUAUCGUUCCAGCCAGGACCUUUUCUAAUCCUCUGCAAACCGAGGUUAUUAAUGAUCCCGCACCUUAUCUCGUUAAGGUACCCAGUAGUAUUAUCGUCGUAAGGCAACCGACUAUACUGCUUCAGCCCUUCGUUCAAGGGGUUAACACGGCCGACGACGCCAGACCCAGCAUCAGUCAGCAUCAGCAGCGCUUCCCCUAUGACGACGUAUUCUCCAUUCAAUAUCCCAUUUACCCAAUCGGCAUAUUGGAGGGCUUCGGGGGAUUUCCGCCGAUAAGCCCGGGGAUUCAAGUAAUUCCACUGGAAGGGAACCUGUACAUAGAAGAACCUACAAAACUGCCAUCUAUCGAAGAAUCAGAUGACUCAGACAGUGUCACAGUAGAAGCAUUGGAUUUGUACAAAAAAUAUUUAAAACACAAUUCAUAACGUGCCGCUUAAAAAAAUAUUUAUGUGAAAGAGGCUGAAAAUAAAAAAAUAUGAAUUUCAAUAA